UCUGAAGCAUAACCUUGAUGGCGGAGGAAGCCGUAACCGACUAGCGUCUACGUGAACCACGCUGCGGCAUCCCGCAGUCUUCGAGACAUGAUUCAUAAGAUAUUUUGUUUUCGAUCAAUGUCGUUUCAGAAAACCAUAUUUAUUUUAUAAUUACAUUUUAUUCUUUUAGCAUAGUAAGUUUAUAGAAAAAAUUCUGAAAACCAAGACAAGACAAAAUGGUACCGAAGUUACUGCAUUUCAUCGCUUUCCUCUUGAUAGUGGAUGUUUCACUUGCCAUACCAACUCCCUCUACUACAGCAUCGCCAACAACAACAACCCAAUCAACUGAUUCCACUCUGAAAAGUACUACGAAAGAACCCCCAGUGACAAGCACAACCCCAACGGCAGCAGCAAAAUCUUCGACCACUACUACAGUCGCUACAGCUGCACCCACCCCAGCUCCGACCAACACAACAAUCGCUACAGCUGCACCCACCCCAGCUCCGACCACCACAACAAUCGCUACAGCUGCACCCACCCCAGCUCCGACCACCACAACAAUCGCUACAGCUGCACCCACCCCAGCUCCGACCACUACAACAAUCGCUACAGCUGCACCCACCCCAGCUCCGACCACCACAACAAUCGCUACAGCUGCACCCAAUCCAGCUCCGACCACCACAACUACCCCAUCUACAAUACCACCUUCUGCCGGUAAAACUAUUGCUCCAACCACAACCGUAAAAGGUUCAAUCACUACUACAACUACAGAAGCUCCUAAACCUUCUACCGCAACCAAAUCGUCGCCAUCCCCAGCCCCUAAAGCAACAAACAAGCCUACUACUUCAACAAAUAAAGCUCAAACACCCGAUGGAAAAACCAAAUCUACAGCUGUAACUCCAUCAACAUCAAAGAGCUCCACAGCCAAAAGUGUUGCACCAGCAGGGAAAACUACCUCAACAACAAAGAAGCCAGCUAAGACCACCAAAUUAUCAAAAACCACUAAAAAGAGUCAAUCAACAACUACAAAAGGCGGCAAAACUACUUUAACAACUUUAAAGGGCGCUACAGCCAAAUCAAGUCACGGAGGUGCCAUCGCAGCUGGAGUUAUAUUAACCUUGGUUGUUCUGCUGGUUGGAUUUUGUUUUAUCAGGCGUAGAAGAACAAGACAACGUGAUUCAAUGAGACAGAGUUUGUUUAAUAAUCCAAUAAGAUUUCAAGAAGAUUCCGUGUUGUAAAGAUCAUCCGGUGAAAUACAAAUUGAGCAAUUGCUUUGUCUAUAAUGAACUUGAAAAAAAAUGGUCAAAUUUGGGUAACACGAUUCUUCCAGUUACAUUACAUUUGAUACAAACGGCACUUAAAUAUUUCGGAACUUGGGCUACAAUAUAUAAUAUAUCUCAAACUCAUUCAUCAGGAAAAGAUAAAUGAAUAUUAAAGUAUUUGGUUGUUAACGCUUUCGCAGUUCCAGGAAUAAUGGGUGCUCAGGCGUAUUUAAAAUCGAAAGUAGUGCUGAUGAUACAAACAGCCGUGUCCGGGUCAUAUCUAAAGCUAUUUUUUAUUUCCUAUUGAUUUUUAUUUCUAUUUUAUAUACUCUUAUGGUAUGUGUCUGUAAUUGAACAUUUUAUUAUAUAUUUACAACCAAACUGCUCUUUUCAAAUUUUUUUGGUUAAGCAUUGUGACGACACAAGAAGAUUAUGAUUUCGUUUUAUAUGCUUCGUUUACUAGCCUCUGGUUGAUUUUGAGCUUUGGUAGCGUAUAAGGCUAGCAGAGCAAAUGGCCGUUUUAGAAACAGUUUUAAUAAACUAUUGUAUCCAGAAUAAUAGAAGACAAACAUUUUUACUAAUUAAAAUAUAUUUCACUGCAAAAAUGAGGAUAUAUUUUUUUAACACGUAACAAUACAGUUUGGUCAUUUACACUGGGAAUAUGACUUGAUAACCGAUUGUGGCUUUCCCCUAAACUUUUUUGACUUUAUUGGCAAACAUUUUCUAUUUCUUUUAUUGCUUGAUUUUAUCAGUGUGCUGCAUUUUUCGCCAAUAUUUUUUCGCUUGAAUCGUUUAUGAUAUAUUCUGUUAGUUUUCGUGAAAUUUCGUGAAGUUCAAUUUAAAAGUUGAUUAUUUGUGAAAUAUUACCACUCAGCACUAGCCAUUUGUUAUUAUCAAAUAUGGCGUAUAUGCGUAUCUCUAGCUAUAUAUGUUAAAUCGACCCAAUGAAUGAAACAUCCAUCCCCAUAAAAUCAUUUCAAUUCGGGAGACUGUUUGCUGUCUCUGUGUUACUUUGAGUGGGAGGUAUUAGAGUCACAAAUAUUUUAUUUUAGACAAUAAUGAUGUUAUUACUUAUCGAUCUUGAUCGGUAAGUAUGUUGAUAUGUAUUUGUAUGUCUGUGUGUUAGAUGCACGCGAUAUCUCACGAAAGCGAAAUUCA